AUUAAAUCACUUAUUACGAUACUCAAUUCAAAAACACAUCACUCAAACAUGCAGACACAACACUCAAACAUGAAGAAAAUUGUUCUUUUGUUUUUGGCCGUCAUGGCGUCGGCGGUAAAAUCCUUACCUGUGAUGCCAAAAAUAUCUGAAAAAAAGCCAGACGAGAACUCGAAAGCAGAAUACUAUUUGGAAAAUCAGAGACAACCAAGAGCAGACGUUUAUCCUUUGUUUUUGGACUACAAGGCAAAAGAACAGGCGAAAAAUCCUUUGGUUACAAACGUUGGACACGCUCUGUUUCCCCAAAACUUUUACAAAUUAUCUUCCCAAAAUGUAGUCGAAGAUCCAGCCAAAACAUCUGAAAAAACUACAACAUCCGUGGGGAAAGACAUAACAAAUACAAGGACGCCUAUACCUAUCGAGUUGCAAUUCUAUCCGAAAGCCCAAAAUGAUGGUGGAACAGAUAAAAAUUCGAAUAAUGCGCCUGGUUCAGGAGGUUCAGCAAUUGGUAAACCUAGUGGUUCCAAUGAAAAAGGAAUUGGACAGAGAAAACUGCCUAAAGAACUGACAAUAUCCUUACCACGCUUUCAAACCGACGCUCAAGGAAAAUGGGUGUACAAUCCAUGGGGUGUCACCUAUCAAAAUGUGUGGAAGCUGACUAGACAAGAUCAAUACUAUUGGAUAUGGGAUUUUAAAUCCCAGGGCAAUUAUAAGACUUUGGAACCUCAUCCGACUGUGUGCUUUGAUAAAUCAACAGUCUACAACGUUCCACCUAUAAUGGAUUGGCUGCUUAAAAGAGCAAGAAAAGGUAACAUAGGUCCCAAGCCCAUUCUUGUAGAUCUUAGAAUGGAGAUUUACCUUCAAGGUAAAUCGGAGACCUGCCACACCAACCAAUAUGUGGAGGUUCGUCCUUAUGUCGAGUGUGCCCUUUUGCGUAAUAUGCGGAUGGAGUAUCUGAUGCCCCAUUAUCCAUUGCAUCAGACCGGCAACGUAAGAUACGAUUGGUUUGAAGAUGAAUAUUGAAAUCUCAAUCUUUUUAAAGACUUCUCAUCAAAAAUCAUUUACUAUUAGGAUCAUAUAGUCAUUUUUCGAAAACUCGAAAGGAACCUUCCAGAAAAAGAAAAAAUCUAAAAAAUAUUUUCCCCAUAUUUCCUCUCCUUCUUUCCUUCCUUUCUUCCAGAUGUAUUUAAGUCACUUGUUAAGAUACUCAAUUAAAAGACACAACAUUCAAAUAUGAA